AUGUUUUCUAUGACAUUUUCUAUACUGCUUUUUAUAUCUUUGUUUCCUUUUGCUAAGGCCGAUGAUAACUGGGAUGAUUUCACGAAUAAUCUUGCUACGGACUUGGCUCCUUUAAUCACCUUGUUUGGUGAACGACUUACAAAACAAUUUCUCUCCGAGUCUAUCAGUAUUCUCGAUAAUGUCAUCUUUGCCCUUUCCCCGCUAGGGGUCUUGACUGCUGUCGUGUCGGUGAUCAGGAUCUGCGGAGGUUCUUCUCUCAGGGCAUUCGUCGGACGAGCACAAGAGGGUCCUGCUGAAGCCGAGAGCGAACUACUUCCUUGUGUCUCGGAAUCCACUGCGGAGCUCUUCAACGAUGGUGGCAUUACACGAGUCUUUGGCCGGCCCAAGAUCGUGGAGAUAGUUGCUUGGGAGGAUGUGGACCCUAAGACUGGAGAAAAAGGGACAAAAAUUGGCACCUUGAAAGAUGCCCUCGGAGAAAAAGCUUGGUCAUGCAAUGGCAAAGUUCCUCCUAGUGGUCUGCCUAAACUGGACAUUCCUAAUCUGUCAUUGAACAAAGGAAUCAAGAGGAGAGACCAAUUUUGGUUUCAUUGUGCUGCAAUACUUGGUGGAGUACUGCAGGCUGGCACUGUUAUGUACGCUACACUCACGGUGUUUGUAUAUCCGCAGCAUUUCAAGAAGGACGACAAAGCUGUCGCCUCAUAUGCAUACCCGCUCUAUCUCAUCGGGACAACCUUUCUGUUUCUCGGAAUGUUCUUCUGUGCAUUUAUCAUAGAGCGUUCGUCAAAGGAGUUCUACCUCAAAGCAGAAAAGCCAAGCAAGAUAUACUGGCUGCAGCCCGGUAAUCAAUAUGUUGGUGACCAGAUUUUCAAUGCUUUCUUGGCUGUCAAUGAGGGACCCGACUCUUCAAUGACCAAGAAACUUCGUUACAUCAAAUCGGUCAGAGAUCGAAGAUUUCACAGGAAGUAUUUGGAGAUUUACUCUACCCUCGUAUCAACAAUUAUGGGAUUCAUCUUCCAGUUCAUCGGACUGAGAGGUCUUCAUGCAUCUGUCAUCCUAGCCCAGCUGGGAUCGACAUUCCUAAUGUCUAUUAUACGUACUUGUCUACGCACAGAAAGAAUGAAACCGGACGAAAAUAAGAUGAAACACGCCCGGGGGCUCACGUCUCACAAGCAGCAAGAGAUGGAUUAUUUUGCAUUUUAUCUUGAGAAAGUGGAAACUUUUGAUCUCGCCUCGAUGCCUGAUCGGCCAGCAAAUAUGCCUUUACCAAGAUCCACCCCCCAUCUUGGAACUCCUUUGGCCAAACACUUAAUCCAAACUAGAACCCAGCUCGCAAAGCUCACGACUAGCUCAAAACAGAGCACAGGGGUUGAUUGGAACGGAAUGCCUAUUCGCCAAAUGGCCCAUAACCUCGCAGAGACAAUCGAGUCUACCAUGGAUUUGAUGUCUAGUUGGGGAGUGGACCUCGGAAAGACCUUUGGGUUCCGACUUGCCUUUAAGUGCAAGGAAUCCUCUCCAGGCUCUGUUACUCAAGCUCCAGGAACAUAUUCCAUCGGUCUCAUGCGAUGCGGCGACGCUCUGAGGUGGAGAUUGGAUGCCAGCGAGCUGGAAGCGAUUCUAGGCUUGUGGACUUGGUCACUUUACAAGUCAGAUAAAAAUUGGCAGAACUCUACUAUUUGCCGCCUCAUUGGAUUGAGCGAAGACGAGGCAAGUAGAGAAGAAACAUUCCUCUACUUUCACAAAUGGAUCUUCAGGCAAACGGAAGCGAGACUAGUACCAUCUACAGGUUAUAAUAAUUCAUCACGCCUUUUCAGUUUCGAGCCCAAGGAUGUUCCCUACGAUGGGAAAGUCCUGGCUGUCAGAACGGCGAAUGAGCUCGAAGCCAUGGUAGCCCAGGAUAUUUACAUCCAAUUUCUCAAGGAACUGUUCCUCAACUUGCAUGAUCUGGGCGGGGAGGUUGAUGUUAUUCCUGGGUUGCAAAACUCAUUUUUAGCAUCAAGUACUCGCAUCGAUGAUCUAAUACGUUGCUUUGAGAAUAGCAACUUGGGCUCAAGAGAGGAUGCAUUGCUAUGUAUUGUUCCCGUUCUCAGACAUCGAGGCCUCUUACCAGAUCUUGCGGCAGACUCGGCCAAGAUCAGGGCGCGCACGGAGCGGUUAAUUGGGCAAGGUGAUUGGAGAAGGGCCUUUACGCUUCUACAUUGGAUCUGCCAGCGGUCAGAGGGUUCACAGUUUGAGCGAUCAGUCUAUGAACUAGGUUUCCUUUGCCGUCGAGCACUUUUGGAUACACAUAAACAUGUUCUCGAAGAAGGACUCGCACAGAUAUCCUUGCUUCUCAGGCACGACAUCAGAGAUCAAUUCACUAAAGCCCACAUAAGUCUGCCUCCCUUAGACAGCUCCGUAUCCCAGGAUCGUGUCGAAUGGUGGAGCUCGUUCUCGCGCCAGCUUGGAUGGAUUGCGUGGAACAUUUCAGCCAAUGUUCCAGGCACUGCAUUUUGCCAACCCACUUUGAAAUUGCUCAAUGCGUGUCAGGAUCUGCAAGGAUCACAAGAUCAGAAUGAAGACCCGAAGGAAGUCCAAAAGGGUGUUCGUGCUGUGAAAGAUUGGCUCAUGCUGCGUAAGGUCGAUGACAUUAAUCGCGAAGAAUACUCCGAGGACGAAGCUCUGGGCUUUGAAUGGGUGACCAGGAACAACUUCGACGCUUUGUUGUAUUUCAUUUUGUUGCGAUGGGUGGAGCUUGGUGAAGACUUUCCCGUCCUUGUUCGGAUUGGGUACAGCCUUGCAGCAAGGACUAAAUCUCACCGAGUAUUUGAUAUACUUCGUCGACAUGGCGCGGACAUCGAGGCAACAGGUCCAGACAAUCGUUCAGCAUUAAACGAUCAGGUCUGUUCCAAUGACAUCGAGGGAAGCCGACUGCUACUGAAGAAUGGAGCCGACCCAAACGGCAACAUACAACAGAUGAAGAUCAGUUUAGUUGCAAUCGCUGCCCAUGAAGGAUUUGACGACAUUGUGAAAUUGCUUAUAAAAUUUGGAGCAAACAUUGAGAUCCCAGACCAUGCUGGCCUCCGUCCCAUACAUUGGGCAACCAAAAACAACCAUCCUGAUACGGUCCGGCUGCUAUUAUCCCAUGGCGCAGAAAUCGACCCGCGGGGGUCAGACGACUUAACACCAUUCCUUUCAGCCGUCUCAAAUAAUCAGGUUCAGAUGGCUGAAUUCCUCAUCAAAGAAGGAGCAAAUGUCCAUGCUAGAGGUCAAUUUGAUCGUACUGCAAUGAUGCUAUCCAUUCACGAAGAGAACCCGAUCCCGAUGUUGCAAUUGCUCGUGGAUAACGGAGCCAGACUUGAUUUGCGUGAUGAUAGUGGAUUAACAGUUUUGGACCAUGCCUUGCAAUCUGAUUAUACUGAGGUAAUAUCGUUCUUGUCUCGGACAUUAGAAGACGGUAUCAAACAGCCAUGA